UUGAAAGAUAGGGGCAUGCCGUAUAUUUUGGAGUGACACUUUUUAGAGAUUCUUCAAUCGGUGCAUAUAGCUCAAGCUUUCGCUUCCGAAGGAGACAACAACACAAAGAUUCGAGGCUUCAGAAUAUAUCGUUCUCACAUAUAUUCACUCUUACACUGUCCGUUGACCGCAGCUAAAAUGCGAAGCAUGGCGAGCUCCGCCUCCUCUAGAGGCAUUGCCGCCAUUGUCGGCGUCGGCCCCAAGCUCGGCCGCUCCAUCGCCCGCAAGUUCGCACACGAAGGCUACACCGUCGCCAUCCUGGCCCGUGACCUAGAGAGAUUGUCGAGAUUCGCUGAUGAGAUAGCUCGAGAGGAGAAGGCACAGGUGUUCGCGAUUCGAAUCGAUUGCUCCGACUCUCGCAGCAUUCGAGAGGCGUUCGAGGGCGUUCUCUCUCUAGGGUUUGUGGAAGUACUCGUCUACAACGCCCACCAAUCGGUCUCGCACCCCAUCAUCUCCACCGACAUUAGCAUCGAUUCUUUCCAGAAAUCCCUCGCCGUCUCCUCCAUGGGCCCAUUCCUCUGCGCCCAACAGGUGCUUGGUGGCAUGGUGGAUAGAGGAAGAGGGACAAUUCUCUUCACCGGCUGUUCUGCUUCUCUUAAUGGCAUUAUUGGUUACUCUGAAUUAUGUUGUGGGAAGUUUGCUCUGAGAGCUUUAUCACAGUGCUUGGCCAGAGAGUUCCAACCUCGGGGUGUACACGUGGCGCAUGUUGUCAUAGACGGCAUAGUCGGCGCACCUCGGAGAACAUCAACAUCCCAGUCGCAGCAAAGAUUGUUGGUUGAGGAACACCAAGGAGGCGGAGGAGGAGGAGGAGAUGGGUCUAUGGACCCAGACUCGCUGGCUCAGUCGUACUGGUACUUGCACAAUCAGGACCGAUCUGCUUGGACCCAAGAGAUCGAUCUUCGUCCCUCCAUUCCAACACUCAACUAGUUCUACAUAUAUAUUUCUUUCCUUAAUUAACUGCUUCAUAUCAUCUUUUAUAUAUAUAUAUAUAUAUUAUCAUUGUUGUUGCUUUAUAAAGUUUCAUUACAACACUACUUCUCUUUAUUAUGUCUGGGUGUGUGGUUGUAAUAUUUUAGGGCUUGAAUGGAUUCCAUUUUGUGUAUAAUAUCUACUGUAUAUUACAGAUUGAGUAAAGGCUAUUUAAGAGUCUUUUUACAA